AUGUUGUUGAGCGCUCUUCCGAAGGAGGUGAAGGACGACCUUAUUGUCUACUGGGUCCAAGGUGUCCACCAGAUCUUGUACCGACUAAUGGCAAUCUUCCAGCCGGGUGGGGUCCAAGACCGUGCUCAGAUCCUUCGACAAAUGGAUGUUUCGAAGUCAGGGGCAGCAGAUUCGGAGGUGGUACCGCCUCUUGCAGAGAGCAUCGUACCUCGGAGUGACGUUGCCGGACGAGUCGCUGCAGGUGAAGUCUCUCUCGACGGUUGUGCGGAAGACCUCGGAGCAGAACCGGCGAAAGUCUUCUGCGACGGCCUCAAGGAAUGGAACGGCGACCUCGACGUCUACGGCUACUACGCCAGCGGCUACCUUGAAGGGUGUGCAAAAUGCUUAGCCGAAGCCUGGAGCGAAGCCUAA